AUGAAGAGAGAUUUUGAUGAUGAUGAUUUGGAGCGUUUUGUGCUGACGUGGAAGGAAGUGUUGUACGUUUGCCUCGGCUUGGUCAUUGCUACGGUGAAGAAGGAGAACAUUAGUCUACACAACACUUUGCUAAGAGGGAUUAUCAAGAAUGUAUGUCUCUCAAAUACAUCUCCGUUGAAGACGGAGAAGAAGCAAUUGAAUGGUGUCAAAUCUUUAUGCAACGACCUACCUAAAUCGCCUCGUAAAGGAAGGACUCAGAGGAGGUGUAAUGGAAGUAAAGGGAAGAGUCAAGUCACUGAGGUUGUUUCUUCUAGUUGCAAACAACAAUGGUCAAUGGAAGAUGGUGAAGAAGUUGACCAACGUUGGAGAAGUCAACCCAUUGAAGCUCCAUUAGGUGUUAAUGUUGGGGAUGUGAUCAAGAGAAGACCUCAUGUUGGGACUUGUCACUCCUCUGGUGAGCUUCCUGACUUUAAUUCCUUAAAGAAGAAACUUGAAGAAAACAUGAAGGGAGAAGGACUAGAAGUUUCAGAUGGUUUUGCUAACUCGUUGAACGCUGGACUCCAUGUCUUCUUGAAAAGACUAAUCAAACCGUGUCUAGAGUUAGCAGCUUCAAGGUCUAGUAGCCGAGGAGGAGUAUGUUCUUCUUCUUCUUCAAUAUCUAUGGUAGAUUUUCAAGUAGCUAUGGAGUUAAACCCGUCGAUACUUGGGGAAGAUUGGUCUACAAAGCUUGAAAAGAUCCGGUUAGCUACACUGGACUUGCCUGCUGAUUUUCAGACAAGCUAA